AUGACACUCAGCGCGGAGAAGCUCUUCGAUGAGCUUGGUCAGCAAUAUGAGGAGUCAUAUGUCAACAAUUCUGGGCUUGAGGAUGUCAUCGACUGUGCUCUCAAGGAACUCUCACCAAAAAGCCAAGUUCUCGAUGUAGGCUGCGGAACUGGAAAGCCAGUGGCAACUCGCGUUGCCCGCGCCGGCCACGAUAUCCACGGUAUUGAUAUUUCGCAGGAGAUGGUCAAUAUUGCCUCCCGCCAAGUCAUCGGCCGGUUUGAGAAAGCGGACAUGACGACCUUCCAACCCUCCAUGCAGUACGACGCUAUCUUCACCAUCUUCUCCAUGUUCCAGCUCUCGCAUAGUCAGACGUACUCAAUGAUGUACAAGUACUCCGAGUGGCUGAAGACUGGCGGGCUCCUGGUAUUGGGAACCAUACCCAGCACCAGCCUAGUGGAUGAUGAGAGUUUGUAUGAUGCCUUGGGAAAGAUUGUCCGACAUGCCGAUCUUCUCUUCAUGGGUAGGAGAUUCCUCGGAACAGUAUAUACUAAGGACGGAUGGCAGGAUUUGUUCAGGGCUGCGGGCUUUGUAAUCCACCUCGAAAGAUCCUUUGCCUUCCACGCGAAACCACCGUACGACAAGGAGAUCCAAGAUCAUUACUUGAUAAUCGCUAAAAAAGUUGUCGAUCACGCGCUUAUGGGACCAUACCCGCUCCCAACGUCAUAUCGUGGCCCCCAUCCACUCAGUGAGGCUGCCUGGGCCCCUUUCGCAGAGCGGCUGGUUAGAGAUGAAUUCGACGCAGUGUUGGAAGUAAUCAAAGGGAAUAAGAAGGUCUUGGAUAUCGCGGAACUCCCAAUCGCAAUGGCGAAACGCGGAAUCGAAGCAUACUCCCUCGAGCCUAAUGCGGACCGGAAAAAGGUGCAGAUACAACAAGCUCAAACACAGGGAGUUACAAUUUGCAGCGGCUCAGCAGAGAAAAUUCCCUUCUGCGACAGGACGUUCGACGCUGCCGUGGCCAUGUGGAUCCUCCACUAUGUAGAUGAUCUCGACAAAUCACUACGGGAGAUAGCACGCGUCGUUGAUCCCAGCAGUCCAGAUUCUCGAAUUGUCAUUGUGCAGGGCGCUCCGGAUAAUGAAGUGGUCAAUUUAUUGAAUGACGUCUGCGCCCCCCUUAGUGCACAGAACACCGCUAUUGACCAUCAGGGGUAUCUUUUGAACGCCGCGGCAACAGUCUUUGCUGAGUACGGUUUUGGCGAUGUUGAGGUCUUCCGUGUCAAUGCGUACUGUGCCUUUCCAGAAGAAGAUUUGACGGAGAGAUGCCAGAAAGCAGCUGAGGUGUUGGCGGGUUUCUGGUUCAGGGACGAUUCGAAUUUUGUGCAGAUGAAGGAGGCGCUAAUUCCGCAUUUGAAACUGCAUUUUAGGGAUCGCCCGUAUGCGAUCAAUGAUGAGGUUGCUAUUUUAGUGGCUAAGCCGUUGCCAAAUUGA